AUGUCACAGAGUUAUUCCGAUGUAAAGCAACAGUCUAUUGAUGUUCUGCCAAGAGAUGUUACUAUCAGGAUAUGGGAUACGCAGACUCAGUCGUGUGUGUGUGUGUGUGUUGUGGAAGACGCAGUCGAUCAAGCGUCGCAAGUUAAGAGGAUGGAUGUUGAGGGGCUGAGUGCUAUGCAAGACUAA